GUAAAAUAGCUAUAUGUAUAAGUAAAUAAAUAUGAACACAUAAAUAGAUAUAAAACAAUCAGUAGGUCUUAUCAGAUCUUUAUAAGGCUCAAACAACCAACUCACUGUCCCUGCUAGUCUUACAUGGACCUAAAAGGAGUCUUUGGAUUGAACCAUAGGUCAUUUAACAUCCGAUUGAGACGAAUGCAUGUGAGUGAAAGAGUGCACAAAAUAAUCAUCUUCGACAUUAGAAUAUAUUAAACCACUUGACCAAAUCAUAUUUGUCUGAAUAUUACAGCUCCGAUGCAUCAUCCUUGUCUUCAAGAUGUCUUGAAUUAUUGCAGUGUACACCGCCCAUGUAGAGCACAUCUUCUCAUACUGCUGUCUACAGCUCCACCUUGUGGUUGACUGUGUGUGUGUGUGUGUGUGUGUGUGUGUGUGUGUGUGUGUGUCCCCGAUAACAUUUAGCCAGUUCCCAUUUUUUCCCAUUUUUUCUCCUUCUCCUGAAGAAUCCUCCUGUCAUCCCUUCGUGUCCUUCACUUGUUCCCCUGAAACAAGACAGGAACCAAACAGAACAUCAGGCACAUUUUUCCCACAGCGUGAUCAAAUCUGCUAACUCUGCUGCGGUUGUAUACGAGGUGUCACUAUGAUCUGCAGGGUUGGGUCCAAUUAGAUUGAAAUGUUUUCUGUUGCUGAAUACAACUUGCAUGUCAAUAUUUGUAAUUGUAAUGGAAUACAUUGGAUCACAAUCACUGCAGUCUUGGAAUUAAUCUCAGAUUACUUCAAAAUCACUCAUUGAAAUUUUUCCUUCUUACUAUAAAAUGAACAACAACAGCUAUUUUGUUUCACAAAUAUCCCUUUUUUUUCCCUUCAGGCAUCUCAUAAGAUUUUAAUUCAAAUAAGAUGCAUUUUGCAUAUUCAGCAUUUACAUUCAGUCAAAUCAGAUUCGCCUUACAAAACACUGCCUGUACAAGUGGGCAGUGUUUGCACAACAUGUGGGAUGCUGUUUCUUUCUGUUGUGUCUUAAUCAAAAGGCCACCUUGUGAUUUUUGCUCUUGUAACGCAAAAUAUUCAUAUCACACAGGAGAGCGCGUACCUCUGCCAAGGCUCAACAGUCAAGAUGCCUGACAUUUUACAUCAAGAUCCUUUUUUUUUUUUUUAAUAGAGAAAUUUCAAAAAUAACAAACUCUGAAGGCCGGUCAGAUCAACAACCCACAAGUGGCAACUCCCAGUUAGAUAGAACUGAGGAGGCCUCUGGGAUGAGAGGAACUUCAAGAAACUCAGACAAGUCUGGUUGCCUGCGAUACAGCACUGACUGAGAGCUUUUAUCAACCUUUAUGGCAUAAUGUUCAAAAAAUGUAAAAUUAAAAAAGUUCCCUGAUCCGUCAGUUUACCAAAAGUUAAGUUUUGAAGAAAUCUGUUCAGUAGUAUUUGUUUAGUCACAAACCAACCAACCAACAAAAGACACGGGUGAAAACACAACCUCCUCGGCAGAGUUGAUUAAAAUAAAUAAAAACUCCAUUUAUCAUCAUUAAAAAACAAUAACAUAUAAUUAUGAUUCCAAAGGCAAUCCAAUCCAAACUGUUAUAAUUCCAUAUUUUAGAGACAUAAUGAAAAAUGUAAUCAAUUAAUCCGUGACAAUGAAAAUCUAAUGUAAUCAUACAUUUUCAAAUGCAGUCAGGCUGAUGACAAUUGUUUUUGUAAUCUGAUUACAUAAUCCCUCACACAGGUAACAUAUCACUACCUAUCCCUGAAGAUUUGUCACCUCGUCCUGUUUGGUGAACGUAUUUCACUCGCCUGGUGCUGAGCUGCCCUCAGCCGUAUUUGCACUCUGGGCGGUGAACUUCGGUCUGCAGUACCAGCACUUGGCUGUUAACACAUCCGACAGCGUUAAUACAGAGUGAGUGCAUUAAAACAGAGAAGGAAAAUCAAUGACGCAGCCGAGGGGAAAAGACCAAUGCAAAGACUACUCAUUAAUCAGCAAUGUGGCAUUUCUUUAAAUGUUGCGAGUCUUGUAUCAGAUCAGAUCAUUAACUUUGUUGUGUUUUUGGCAGAUUUCACUGCGCAAGCGUUGUGUGCAGAUUAUGGGCGUCAUUGUGUGUGCUUCACACUUUGUGCUCAUGGCCACUGUCUAUUUCUGUGGUUGCAGCUAUGCGUGACUGUCUUUAGGAAUGAGCCAGACUAUAUUACACCCUGGUCCCUCCCUCAGAAGCUCUGCUAAAGUAACAGCUGAUGUCAGUCCUGCUUAAAGACGCACGCACACACACACACAGACUGCAACCUGUCUGCCGUUAGGCAGCAGCCUCACAGCAGAGAGCCAGCUAAAGGGGAGGAGGGCUCCUGCACCUUGCUCUCCCCACGACUCAUCAGCACAUGGCGCUUGCUCGGCACCACGCUGACAAAUCCACAAUCCAAGGCUUGAAUCCCAAGUUACAGCAGGCAGAGGAGGGGUGGGCAGUUAUCUAAGGCUCUCAGCACCCCCCCAUGUGCCGGGUUGGAUCAUGGAGCUGCACUGUCUUCCCACUGAGACCCCCACCACAGCCAGCUCCUGUUCAACGGACCCCCUGUACGACAACUGCCCACCUUUUGCCCAGCGAGGGAGGGCCAGGGAAAAGGAAAUGGAGAGUAGAGUUGUGUGCCCGGCUGUAACCAGACUCCCAGGGCCCUGCAGCCCUCUGCCUGGUCUGGCCCCAGCUGAGGUUCCCACACUGGUCAGUGGGGGAAGAGGGACUGGCGCCUGGCCAGAUCACAGCUACUGCAGCUGGAGAGGAGGCCUGGGAAGACAGGCCUGGGAACCAGAGCUGGAUCCAGGCGUUAACAGGACAAGAGGAGGGGAGAGAGGAGGAGAGCAGGGAGGCAGCAGCUGGGGAGUCGAGGACAGAGCCCACCUGAACCAGAGCCCGAAUCCACCGCAGAGCGAGGAGCACAGGAGCGCUCUCUCUCUGUAUGACAACCUCCCUGAUGCUGUCACCCCUGACGGCCUCCAAGAGGACAUGGAGACAAGCCUCCCGGAGCACCUGCAGGAGCAGAUGUACCGAGCGUGGGCCCCUGAGCACAUGCAGGGACUGAUGGACGACGAGGGAGCGAGUGAGGACAAGAGUUCCUGGUCCUCCUGUGAGAUCAUCCUCGCUGAAAGCGGUUCCAGCAACCAGGACCAGAAUCCAGACCAAGCCAAGAAGCAGGAGCCAGAGCUGGACUCGGGCUCCUGUGGAUUUAAACAGGGGGACCCGAUGCUGCGCCUUAAGCCGUCCCCUCCUCGGCAGCAUCUCGCGGCGAGUUCCCCUCAGCUAUCCCAAACUGAGUGCCAGGCUCUGUGGCCCCCAGCUGGAGCUCAGCACCCAGAGCAGCCAGCCUGGUCUCCCAGGGUGCCCCCUCCCGUACCCCUGGCUGAUCCCUCUGCUAGUGCCCUCCGCAGCCUCCUCACCAGCCUCCAGCAGCAGAUAGUCAGGCAGAGGGAGGAGUACGAAGAACGGAUUGUCAGUCUAGAGCAGAAAAAUGAAGAGCUGCAGGUGGAGGUCGUUCGGUUGAAAACAAACCUCGCACAGCAGCGGCAAUGGUACCGGGUCGUCCAGGCUAAGAUCGUGGAGUCCGAAAGGGCCCGGAAUGCAGCCGAACUUCGCAAUGCAACUCUGCAGAAGGAGAUGGAGCAGUUCUUUGACACCUUCGGAGAGCUCAACAAUGAGGCCAAGAAGACAGAAUGUAUCGUCAAGAGCUUUUGAGAAAGAAAAAUGUAUGAACUGUGUGUGAUGAUAUGAACGUGUGAGAAGUGAAGGACAAAGGGCAGAAGACUGGUUAGUCUUUAAACUCUAGUUAGGAUCUUGUAGAAGAAUAUUUCCUUUGCUCAUUAUAAAAAGUCUAAAGGGUAACUCCACCUAUUUUACACAUUAGUGUGUUCUCACAGGGCUUGGGCAGAAUACUGCAUACGAGAAAAAAGUGGUACAAAGCAGUUUCUAGCUCCAGAAGAAGCUGCAUGUUAUCUGAUAAAUUGCCUCCAGUGAUGUCACUCAGUGGCCAAGUUGCAUUGUGGGUAACGUAGGCACCAGGUUUUGAAAAGAGAGAUGAACAUGUGGGAUAAAAAAAAGCAUUAUCACUGGUUCUGCUGUAUGAGUUUGACUGUUUUUAAACUGUCCGUCCAACAGCGUUAGACGUUGAAUGUCAGAUCACAGAUGUCUACAUUACCCACAAUGCAACUUGGCAUGUGACAUCACUGAAUGGAAUGACUUGAAUUUGUCAGAGUACAUACAGCUUUCUCUGGAGCCACAAAAGGCUUCAUACUAGUGUUUUUCACAUAUGCAGUAGUAUUCCUUAAUACAUGUAAACACACGUUAAUGUUUAAACUUACCCUUGAACUUAUGUACAGUUAUUCCAGAGAAAUCUACAAAACAACAUCACUGAAAGAAAAUGAAUCACUGAUGUCCACUUUAUUAGUUACUUAGGGGCAAAUGAUGUUGGCCAGGUGAUUAUAUUGUGGUCAUUGCAAUCACGCAGGACAUCUCUGAAAAUAAAAGAAACAAACAACAAAAUGUGAGAUGUACAGUGUAUACAAUUGAGCGUUUUUCUCUCUUUUUUAAAAACAUGGUAAA